AUGGACAACCAUUCGUACAACUUCCCUUCCGACUGCACCCCGCUCACCAACUGCAAGUCUGCCCGUAAGCCGGCUGGGUCCACCGUGGUGAACAUGGGGAACAAUGGCAAGAAUCCUCCCCGGGACUAUCUCGUCUGGUCGCUGUGCAACACCUUGUACGUUAACUUCUGCUGCCUGGGAUUCAUGGCUCUCAUCUACUCCAUCAAGGCCAGGGACCAGAAGACUCAGGGUAACCUGCAGCUGGCCCAGGAGUGUUCAGACAAGGCCAAGUGGUACAACAUCCUGGCAGCCGGCUGGAACUUGCUGAUUCCACUUCUGGCCGUCGUCCUUCUCGUCCUCCUGCUCGUCCACCUGGGCUCAUCCCAGGGCUCCUUCGACUUCCUCGGAGAGGACGGCCUCCAAAACUUCAUCAAACUGUUCAGCUGGUAG